UUUUUUUUUUUCCCUCUUCUCUUCUUUCGUAUUCCUCUAAAGUCCUCAUAAAGAGCUUUCUUCUUUUUCUUCUAUCCUUUACCCUACGUCGUUCACCAUGACCCUUACUUUGGAAUAUACCCCUCUCAAUGACAUCCCCAAGAUUGUGGAGAGUGCUCGAUCGAAUUUCCGUAACCAUCGUACACAAUCUCUCGAGUUUCGCAAGGAGCAAUUGCGUGCAUUGCUUCGUUUGCUUAAAGAAAACGAGGGUGAAUUAGUGGAUGCCAUCAAGGCUGAUCUGAACCGCUCCAAGGACACUGAGGUUUCAGGCUGUAUUGAAGCUUGCGAGUACUACAUCAAUAACCUUGAGGAAUUGACCCAAAACAGAAAGGCAAAGGGCUUUAAGGAGUCUGAUGAUUGCUUUAUUCGUCUUUCACCCCUUGGCACGAUUCUAGUGAUUGGUACAUGGAACUAUCCCGUGGGACUUGUAUUGCAGCCUUUGGCCGGUGUCCUUGCUGCCGGAAACAACUGCGUCAUCAAGCCCUCAGAAGUUUCUGAAAAUACCGCAAAGGUAUUGACCCGGCUUUUGCGGAAAUACAUGGAUCCAGAGGUGGUCUACAUCAUCAAUGGCGCUGUGGAAGAGUCCUCCUUGAUGCUCAAGCAACGGUUUGAUCACAUCUUUUAUACCGGUGGUGCCCAGGUAGCCAAGAUCGUCAUGGAAGCUGCUGCCAAACACCUCACCCCUGUCACCCUUGAACUCGGGGGCAAAUGCCCUGUCAUCAUCACCGAGCACGCAGACUUGGCCAAGGCUGCUCAAACCAUUGCUGGCUGGAAGGUCGCCAAUUGUGGACAGAUCUGUCUGACGGCCGACUAUGUCCUCUGUCCUAAACAUCUUCAAGAGGAACUCAUCAAGCAGGUGAUCGACACCUGGACCCAUAUGUUUGGUAAGGAUAUCAAGGCCUGUGAAUCCUACCCAAGGAUCAUUAACAGACGUCAACAUGAACGCCUGCAGAAAGUCCUUCAAUCUGUUCAGAGUCAGAACAAGAUCGUCUUUGGAGGCAAUUCGGAUGUGGACAGCCUGUUUGUGGAGCCCACGAUUGUGACCAAUGUCUCGCUAAAGGACGAUAUCAUGCAGAGCGAGAUCUUUGGACCAAUCUUGCCCAUCGUCACAUGUGAGAACCUGGACACUGCCAUCGACAUCGUCAACUCUAUUGAGCAUCCUUUAGCCCUCUACAUCUUCACAGACAAGCGAGAACAGAUUGAUCGAGUCUUGACCGAAACUCGCUCUGGUUCCGUGACUGCCAAUGAUCUCGGAUCCCAAUACUUCAAUCCUAAUUUACCCUUUGGUGGAGUUGGUCAAUCAGGCAUGGGCAAUUACCACGGCAAAUACUCAGUCGAUACUUUCUCUCAUCAUCGCUCAGUCUUCCUCCGUAACGUCCAUCGUCUCUGAGUUAAAACAGAGACCCAAGACCACACUUGUGUUCCCUCAAAGUUAUAAAAAAUAAAAAUAUAUAAAUAAAAAAAAUAAAAAAUCAGCUCUAUUCUCCUU